AUGUCGUCUGGAUCCCCCAGGUCGAAUGGCGACCACCGCCCAACGAAGAGAGCGAGGACCCAUACGUCAGAAGAGCCUGUUGUCACAGGCCAUGUUGACCAUAUCUUCAUUGCGGACGGAGUUUCAGCGAAGAAAGCAGGCGUGAAGAAGACGCCACUUUCAUGUUGUGAAUGCCGACGGCUGAAGCUCAAGUGCGAUCGCAAUUUCCCCUGUGCAUCCUGCAAAAAAAGAGGAUGCGCAGAGAUAUGUCCGGACGGCGUUCUGGUUUCCGGCAAGGGAACUCGGUUCAUUUUGGCGAACACGGAGCAAUUGCACAGCAAGAUCCAUGAAAUGAGCGAGCGGAUUCGAAUUCUGGAAGAUGCACUGGGCCAGCUUCACAAAACACACGAGGUCUAUGUCCGACGGUGUUCCAGUUUGGGCUACCGUCCUCCCAUGCACAAUGGGUUUUCUGAUGACGAGGAAGAAAGUGUACCGACGCAUCCACUGCUGCAGCCCGAGUUCCUGAGCAUCAAGAGCUCGAUGGGACUGUAUACAGGUGCUGCGAAUAACAACCAAAACCAGGCGAAUGGCCGGCAGGUCGGGAGACGAGGGGAUGAAUCGACGACGCGACCUGGGACCAGCUAUUCGAUGGAUGUGGAACCCCUUUUCGAGAAGCAGCGCGGGUAUAAUGAGGACGGUGGGUCUGCGACGGAAGAUCAACAAAGAAUCAGCCACCAUGAUUCAUCACGACCCAGCACUGCACACACCGAUUUAUCGGCACAAGUCGCGCGGUUGAGCGACGCGUUUCCCCUCAGCUCUCAGAGCAAGGUUGUAGCAGCCUUUGAGAGAGACGGUAAUCUCAACUGGAGCGAACAUGACAAGAAAAUGGAGUUGAGGGGCUACAUCCGGUCUCAAUUGCCUUCGAGGAAUGAAGCAGACUAUCUGUGGGAGCAGGCGAGAAGGAAUGCUAUGUGGCAGUAA